GGUUGCCAAAGUUGAACGGGUCUAAUGGACAUUUUAGAAUCGAGUAGUAUUUUUAGAAUAAAAUAUAAACAAUCAUCGCAUUUCUCUACGUUCCGAUUUCUCUUCCGAAGGAGCAGAGCUAGAAAUCUCCUGAGAAAGCAAUGGAGACAGCAGCCAGAAGAAGCAGAGGCGGCCUAUUUGAAGGGCUUUACAGAGUGCUUAUGCGCCGCAACUCUGUUUAUGUCACCUUCGUCAUCGCUGGCGCUUUCCUUGGUGAACGGGCAGUGGAUUAUGGGGUUCAUAAGCUCUGGGAGCACAACAAUGUUGGGAAGCGUUACGAGGAUAUUUCAGUAUUGGGACAGCGGCCGUCUGAAUAAAUUUGCUGUAUUCAAUGCUCAUUUGAGUCGAAGACAAACAUUUCAAUUAUCUUUCAAUAAUUAUUUUCUUGCCAUGCUGGUCAUGGCUGAUUUUUUUUUUUUUUUUUUUAUAUCUGCUGAUCUUUGGAGGAAAAGAACAGCCUUUGCAUUGUUCUGUAACCUUGCAAUUAUCUUCUAUUGCCAGAAUGCUUCAAUGCAUUAGGAAAGAAGAAUGAUUCAUUUAGAUAUUUAUUGUGCCUUGGAGGAAAUUGUUAAAGCUGGUACAUACCACUUCCUUGGUAGCAAAGAACAGCCUUCAAUACUC